ACUUAGACGGCAACACUGCGACGCAGGACUGGUUUUUUGAUCAAUAUCCACUAUAGGCAAGCAUGGUGCGCUGUAAACGUGGAACAUUUUCUGGUCAUACAAUUUUUGUGUUUGCAAAAACAGCCGUUGAUAAGAUAAGCAGUUUUUAUUGAGGACAGGUACAUUUAUAUGUGUAUGUUCGCAUCUACCUGUUAAAUUCUUUACAAGUUCGGAACGUGGUUUGUGAUUUCGGUUUUUGAUUAUAAGAAAUGUCCGCUGUAGAAUUAUAUACUAAAGGAACGCAAGUAUGGAUUCCACACGCAGAAAUAGUAUGGGAAGCAGCGGAGUUACUUGAAGAUUAUACCCUGUCAAAAAAGUCGAUAAGUGUAUUUACUGCAUCCAAAGAAACUAAAGUAUUGACUAUAAAAACCGAAAAUGAUCUUCCUUAUUUGAUGAAUCCCAGGAUAUUACUGGGUGAAAACGAUUUAACAGCCUUGUCGUAUCUUCACGAACCCGCCGUUCUAAAUAAUUUACAAUACAGAUUUUGCCAAAAGAAUUAUAUUUAUACAUAUUGCGGGAUUGUACUGGUUGCAAUAAACCCUUAUACCGAGUUACCUAUAUACAACAUUGAUACAAUACAAACAUACAGGGGUCAGAGUUUGGGUAAUCUCGAUCCACAUGUCUUCGCAGUUGCCGAAGAAGCCUUCACAAAAUUGGAAAGAGAACAAAGGGAUCAAAGUAUAAUUGUUUCUGGUGAGAGUGGUGCCGGUAAAACGGUCUCUGCGAAAUACACGAUGAGGUAUUUUGCUACGGUUGGCGGAAGCACAACGGAAACGCAAGUGGAAAAAAAAGUUUUAGCGAGCAGCCCAAUAAUGGAGGCAAUUGGUAAUGCAAAGACAACGAGGAAUGAUAACAGUUCGAGAUUCGGUAAAUUCAUCGAACUUCAAUUUAAUAAGCAAUUCCACAUAAUAGGAGCUUCAAUGCGAACUUAUUUACUGGAGAAAAGUCGAGUAGUUUUUCAAGCACCCGAUGAAAGGAAUUAUCACAUAUUUUACCAACUUUGUUCUGCAGCUAAAAAGUUACCUCAUCUACAACUAGACCACCAAAGCAAGUUUCAUUAUUUGAAUCAAGGAAAUAGUCCGACCGUAGCAGGCGUCGACGAUUCUAAAGAAUUCGAAGAAACAGUGAUAGCUUUAAAUUUAUUAGGAUUUUCAGAAAAAGAGCAAGACGAUAUGUUUAAAAUUAUUGCCUCCAUAAUUCAUAUUGGUAACAUUGAAUUUACUGAUUCAAUAAUUAAAGUUGAAAAUGAACAAGAUCAAGAAGGCUGUGCAAUUAAGCAAAACGACAAACACCUACAAAUAGUAUCAAAUCUUCUGGAAAUAGAUGAAAAAGAAAUGCGGGAGUGGUUAUGUACAAGAAAAUUGAUUUCGAUGCGUGACGUUUACCUCAAACCGAUGUCAGUUCAGGACGCUACCACAGCUAGAGACGCCCUCGCGAAACACAUUUACUCAGCUCUGUUCAAUUGGGUGGUCUUGAUGAUAAAUAGAACUUUAGAAUCGGAAGUUCAACGACAUAGAUUUAUCGGCGUAUUGGACAUAUACGGAUUCGAAACUUUCGAAAUCAAUUCGUUCGAACAAUUUUGUAUAAAUUACGCCAACGAAAAGUUGCAGCAACAAUUUAAUUUACACGUUUUUAAAUUAGAACAAGAAGAAUAUAUUAGGGAAGGAAUAGAAUGGAAGAUGAUUGAAUUUUACGAUAAUCAACCUUGCAUAGAUCUGAUUGAAGCAAAAUUAGGAAUUUUAGAUUUAUUAGACGAAGAAUGUAAGAUGCCGCGAGGUACAGAUUCUUCUUGGACUGAAAAAUUGUAUGGCAAAUGUUCAAAAUAUCCACAUUUUAGCAAACCUCGUUUUGGGACUUCAGCUUUCGUAGUCAAUCAUUUCGCUGAUAAAGUACAAUAUGAAAGUGAUGGAUUUUUAGAAAAAAAUAAAGAUACCGUAAUAGAAGAACAGAUAAAUGUUAUAAGAUGUAGCACAAAUGAUUUAGUUAGAAAAUUAUUCAAUCCCGAAUCUCAGAAAUUAGCCCCCCCGAGAACUAAACUUAAAGUUAUUUCAGCUAAACCGAUGCCUAGUACGCAGAAAACACAUAAACAGUCAGUAUGCUCACAAUUUAGAGAUUCCCUCAAUAAACUUAUGACUACCUUAAACGCCACGACUCCACAUUACGUGCGUUGUAUAAAACCGAACGAUUCGAAAGCGGCAUUUGAAUACGAGCCGAAGAGAGCUGUCCAACAGCUUCGAGCUUGCGGUGUACUUGAAACUAUUAGAUUGUCUUCGGCAGGUUUCCCCAGUAGAUGGACUUAUAUCGAUUUCUUUUAUCGUUAUCGAGUGUUUUGUAAAAGUAGAGAUAUCAUAAAAACGGAUAUAAAAAAAACUUGUGAAGUUAUAUUAAAAAAAUGCAUCAAAGAUUCAUCGACUUAUCAGUUCGGGAAAACGAUGAUAUUCUUCAGAGCCGGCCAAGUUGCUUACUUGGAAAAACUUCGAGCAGAUAAACUGAAAGAGUGUUGUAUUAUGAUGCAGAAGACUGUGAGGAUGUUUAUCUGUAGAAAGAAGUAUUUGAGAAUUCGAAAAUCGGCGGCUCUAAUACAAAGAUACGGACGAGGAGUCUUGGUUAGAAGGUUGGCUCAAGAAAUAAGAAGAACGCGCGCUUCGAUAAAAAUACAAAAGUAUGUUCGUGGGUGGCUCAAGAGGAUUCAGUACCAAAGGCUACGACGUUCAAUUUUGGGAAUACAAACUCGAGCAAGAGGAUUUAUGGCUAGAUUAAAAUUCUUACGUUUGAAACAAAACGCCGCGGCAAUUGUUAUACAAAAACACGUUCGCGGUUGGUUGGCCCGUAGAUCGUAUAAGGAAAAGAUAAGAAAAAUUAUAAUAUGCCAAUCAGCUAUUCGAAGAUAUCUCGCAAGGCGGCAAUACAAAAAACUAAAGAUUGAAGCUAGAUCCAUUGAACACGUUAAAACGCUUAACAAAGGUUUGGAGAAUAAGAUUAUUAGUUUACAACAAAGGAUCGAAGGUCUAAACAAAACAAAUUCCGAAUUGAAAGGGUAUCAAAAUGAAGUACACGACCUUAAACUCAAACUACAAUCUUUCAAAUCGAAGGAACUAGAAAUAAAGAACUUGAAUAAUUUAUUGAUAGAAAAGAAUAAAUUGAUAGAGAAACUUGAAGCGGAUAUUAAAACCGAGCGGGACGAAAAGAUGGAUUUAAUAAACGAACAAGACAGAAUUAAACAAGAUAUUGAGAAUCAGCAAAAACUGUGGUCGCAAGAAACGGCAAAAUUACGAGAAGAAUUAGAAAAUAUGAACGAAAUUGUACGAGCGAACGAAAAAGGUGCCGAAGAAAAUCUAAAAGUGAGACUAGAAGAAGAAAAACUUCUUAUUAUAAACGAAACUGAUUCAGAUAGAGAAGCUUAUCAAAGAUUAUUGAACGAAUAUCAUAAUUUGGAACAAUAUUGCGAAGAGCUGAAGAGUCAAAUCAAAGUGCAAGGUUACCAAGGAUUACAUAAAAGAAAUAUCAGCGAUUUGAGUAGUAUCUCAGCUAUCGAUGAAGUUUUAUUAACUGCUAAUGUUCCCGAAGAUUAUGGAUACGGAUCCGUUAGAUCUACGGUUAGUAAUAGCUCGGCAAGGGAAAGAUUAGAAGAUGUUAAUUGGAAAGUUGAAGGGACUAGUGAAAACCACACUCCAAGUACUAGCGAUACAACAACAAAUCAAGAGGUGGAAGCUUCGAUCGAACAACAAAUUAUUGACGUGGAACCAUCGUCAGAUUUAACGAAAGCGGAUGUGAGUCUUGUCAUUAGACUCCAACACAAAUUAUCCACAAGUGAGCGAGAACGAUUAAGGAUACAAAAACGAUUAGAUGAACUUGAUCUGUCACCUAAAGUAGAGAAAGCUAAGACUGAAGCUGAAUAUUUAGCAAGAAUUUCUGAAAUGGAAUUAAUCAAUUCUCAGCUUAAUGAACAAUUGAUUGAUUUACAAAAUAGUAUUAAAGAAGGAAAUGGUUUACAACAAUUGCACAAACAGCUAGCAACUGCACAAAAUGAGUUACAGCGAAGAAGCGAAGAAAUUAUACAAUUGAAAAGUAUCUUAGCGGAACAAACUAAUAAUAUGAAGACUAUCCUAAACUCAAAAACUCAUACAGGUGAAUACAUAAAUGAAGAUGGCGAACUUGCUCAAGCGUACGAAACUCAAAAAACCAUCAACAAACAACUUGAGCUUGAAAUUCAAGACGAAAAAGCAAAAUAUUUAGCAUAUGAGAAAGAACUUAAAUUAGAAAUCGAGAAACUACAAGAGGACAACGACAGACAACAACGUAUCCUGUCCGCUAAUUUAUUAGGUUCGGGUCAAACGCAAGAAAUGGCUUUUAUGCAAUUCGAAAUUAAUCGUCUAACAACUGAAAAUCUAGAUUUACGCGACCGAAUCGAUUCUAUUAACGAAAAUCUACGUAAAUUUAAAAAACGAGAAAAAUUGUUAUUGAAAAAAUUAAAAGAAGCCGGUUUCGAUUUGGCAAAUGAUACUCAUAUCAAAACGAACGGCGCGGUUAUUACGAGUCGCAACGAACCUACCAUUCGAAAAAAAGAUCGGGCGUACCUUGGUAUGUUUUCAUUCAAACAAGGAGACGAAAAUAUCAUAAUGAAACAACUAUUAAAUAUCAAGCCUCGAACAGCUGUAACUCUACUUCCUGGUUUACCAGCUUACAUUAUCUUCAUGUGUGUUCGUUAUACAGAUUACAUAAAUGACGAGGAAAAAGUUAAAUUGUUAUUAUCAUCAUUUUCCAAUUCAUUAAAAAAGAUUAUCAGAAAACGCCUUAGCGAUUUCGAAACGACGGCCCUAUGGCUAUCGAACGUAGUUAGACUGAUAUUUACUAUGAAACAGUAUAGUGGAGAAAAAGCAUUUCAAACUAAUAAUACUCCUAAACAAAACGAUCAAUGUCUUCGAAAUUUCGAUUUAUCUGAAUAUCGUCAAGUUUUCACAGAUCAUACUAUAUGGAUAUACCAAGGGGUUGUAAAAAAUAUAAGAGAAAAAAUUCAAUCUCUUAUAGUUCCCGCAAUUUUGGAACAUGAAGAAAUACCCGGUAUAAGCGGGAACAAACCUAGCGGAUCUAGAAGUAGAUUAGGAAGUUCUUCCAGUAUAAAUAGUCCCACGGGUAGCCAGAAACCAACAACUUUACUGUUACAAGAAUUAACGAAUCAUCACAAGAUUUUAUGUUAUUAUGGGGUGGAUGCCGGAAUUAUCUCCCAAAUAUUCCAACAAAUUUAUUACUUCAUGUGUGCCACGAGUUUAAACAAUUUGUUAUUGAGGAAAGAACUUUGCCAUUGGUCUAAAGGUCUUCAAAUUCGUCAUAAUUUAUCACACUUGGAAAUGUGGCCGAGAGAAAAAAAUCUUGAUGAAGCUGCCAUCCAAUCGAAAUUACAACCAAUCAUCCAAGCUGCUCAGUUAUUACAAGCUAGAAAAUCGAAAGAAGACGUCGAAAGUAUAUGCGAGAUGUGCAGUGCUUUAACACCACCACAAAUAUGUAAAAUAUUGAAUUUGUAUACGCCGGUAGAUGAAUUUGAAAAGAGGGUUCCUUCCGAUUUUAUAAAACAAGUCCAUGCUAAACUACAAGAGAGACAAGACAAUGCUGACCACGUUCUUCUUGACGUUAAUCAUCAUUACUCAGUCCGAAUAGCAUUUACUCCUUCUGAUAUUUGUUUAGAGGAUAUUGAAAUUCCUGAAUCAAUUAAUUUACCAAUGCUUGUCAAGCUUUAAAUUAAUGGUCUCAACUUUUUAUGGUUUUCGUGAUGAGUUAUUUUAAUAUUUUGAUAAGAAGAAAGUAGGUAGAAACGUUAAAUUUUUACCUAUGGUUUUAACCUGAUUUUAUAUGAAAAAAAGGCUUUAAAUUAAUUAGAUAUUACAAAUAUUAUUUAUUAAUAGGAAUUAUUAAACUUAAACGUUAGUCUUAAUUUCUGUAUAGAUUGUGUAUUAUAGAAUUCGGUAUCACGAUGUUGUCAGAUUUCUAAGAAAAACUGUUUUUCUGCUAUAUAUUUUAUAAAAAAUGUAAGAUUUUUAGUCAAAGUUUGAUUAUGAUGUUAAACGAUUUAAGUAAUAGUUUAUUAUAGUUAUAUAUAUAAAACCAAUGUAUAAAUUAAUUAAUUAAUCAGAAAAAAAAAUAAAUUAUGAUAGAAAUGAACGAACGUUUUAUCUACACAGUGAUUCAAUGAUGAUGUGUAAUUUCUAAAUUAAUACAAAUAUUGCAGAUUUUAGAGCUGCGGAUUAGAAAAUUUUGUAUUUGUCUUAUAGUAAAUGUUGAUAAACUUAUGAUUCAUUGAUUACAUGGGCUAAAAAAAUAAUUUUUAUUACACAUAAGUUGUAUAAAAAUGUCGAAAUUGCGAAUUGGGAAAAAAUAAUAUGACUUCGUCUAUUCUAUGAAACUAUUAGUAUAGAAGGGAGCAUAAAGGGAACGUUAAGGGAAUUAAUUAAUAAAAAAAUUGAAAUUAUAUAUUUAUUUAUUAGCACUAAUCACAACCCAUUUAUUCUGUUACCAUUUAACAUAGAUUUUAGUGAAUUAAUUAAAUAAAUAACGUUUUUGAUUUAUUUUAACGAGACCCUUGCAGUUACCGUGAAUUCUAUUCGCUAUCGUAACAUUAUAAUUAAUGUUUUGCGGACUAAAAUUGAGGUAUGGACAUAGAUUGUACGUGGUUUACUCAUGAUUGUGCCACUUGCCAUACAACCAACAAAACAUUGGAUCUUACGUGCGAGAACUUCAAUUCAUCAAGUGAUCUGAAAUCAUUAGACUUCUUUUUAUUUUUCAGGGGAUAUUUCUUCACGUAAAUAGGCCAUUAACAAUUCAAAAGUGAAAGAAUGAGGUAAUUCGGCAUAUUAACUCUAUUAUUAAUCCUAUAGCCGAACGUUUGUUUCAUGCUUACUUGUCAUGGUCUGAUUACCAUCUUAACUACCCAUUGUUUGAAACUGCAAGAAAAUUGUUUUUAUAAAACUUCUUCUACUUCUAAUUUCUUCAGUCUCGAUUUUGGGAUGUCGAUUCUGUCUUCUCCUCCGUGCCCAUCUAGUCUUUCCAAUGUCUGAACUGCGUUUCCAGUUCCAGAAGCUAUUAAUCCAUCUCUGUUGAUAAGAGAAGUUGUUUUGUCCUGCUUGUAUCCGCUUUCCUUUCAGCUUCAUAGGUUAAUUUAAAACAUAUAACGUCACGCAAACUUCCGGGGACUUUGCCGGCGUUGCUGUCUUCCUUCUUUACUUAUUAUCAAAGAUUUUAUAUUUGGGAUGGAUUUGGUUGAAUCUGAAAAGCAUUCGUUUUAAAUUGUCUUAGUCUUCCAUUAUGAAAACAGCAUCAUCUGCGUAGCAUCAAUUCUGAACUCACUGCUUCACAUCCUGUAUCCUCUUCCUGCAGUUUUGACUCUGACUUUAUUAUGCGGUCUAAGUCAAGUUGGGAAAGCAUUGGACUUAAACUAGCAUCUUGUCUAAUUGCGGUUUAGUGAGUUAGUUCUUUAACUAUUUGUAUCAGUUUUUGGUUAACUAGUUUUUUCAGUAGAAUGCGUAAAACGUAUUUGAGUUCUACUCUGUCGAAAGCGUGGGAUAGGUGAACGAAGCGUAGGAAAGCCGGUUUAUUAUAAUAUUAUAUAUAUUUUUCUAUAAUUUGUCCCGGUAUAAAUAUUGCGGAUCUACUGUGCCUGAAGCUUUGUUAAUCUUCAUUUAUUUCUAUAUUUUGGUAUCAUGAUGCAAUAACUAAUUUCCAUUCCAGAAUACCACCCUGUAUAUUUUUCUCUGACUCAUUUUGUGAAGCCGCAGUUACUUCUUUUUGUAUCCGUUCCAUGAUUAUUAGAUGCUUUUAAAAAUAGAUUAUACCAAUGGUCAUUUGGAAUGUUGUUUUUAAUGUAGUGGUUCUUUUUUCUGCAUUUAAGAAGCAUCUUUGUAAAAUAUAUUUUCUUUGGUUAUCUCAAGUACAUUCAACCAGUUCGUUUUCUCCUAUUUUCAUUAAAUUAGUAUUUUAAUGCAUCUAAAUGUUGUUGAUCAAAAUAUUUUCAUAAAGUCGAAACGGCAAAUUUUAUCUUUCUCCUGAAAAUUAUUAAAAAAAAAACUAAUUUUAAAACAGAAUAGACCUAAAAUCAACAACAUUUAAAUGCGUUAAUAAAUCAAAAGGUUUAAGAAAUUGGUAUUUUAUAUAAGUCUGCUUUAAAAAUAUUUUUGCCUCAAAAUGUUAUACCAUUUUUUAAUCGAACUAACGCGUUUUGAACAAAGAAUGUUUUUUACCAUUUAAAAAAAUAAAAAGACUGGUAAGUGUAUGAUAUCACUAGGGUGUUCAACCCUAGUUUUUCUUCAUAAUUUCAGAGUAAAGUUUGAUUUAAUGGACAAUAUUAAUGUAUCCAUUUAUUUUGAAAAGUCUUGUAUGUUAGUGUGUUAGUUAUAAAACGAAUCAUUGUAGCUGUCAAAAAUAUUUCGUUCAUAUCAUAGAUAUUCCUAAAGUUGUGAUAAUUGUUUACAGUUUAUAUUUACUUUAAAAUUGUUUAAAUAAAAAAAAUGUUAAAUAAAUAAGUUUGUAGAUCUAA